CGCCCUGCGGUCCUGCUUCGCAGCAGUGGCCCUGUGCGGAGCGAGGACCGGAGCCUGCCACCGCCGCCGCCUCUCGAGGGCGAGCAGGAGCCAUGUGACUCGCCGGUGAGCCGGGGCGUGCGACUGCCUCCUGCUUCAGAGCUACCUGAUCCGAAUACUAAGCGGCGGCAGCAGCAGCAGCGAGUGGUUCGGGCGCCGCUGCGGCCGGGGGCUGCCGGGGGGUGGUGGUGUCGAGGGAGGCGCGUCGCCAGCCGAUCCGAGCGCCUCAGCUCGCCCGUUCCCAAGGCGCCGAAGAUGGAGAUGAAAGAUCAAGGCGCUCAGAUGGAGCCUCUGCUGCCCACGUUAUUAGAGGAGCACAGAGAUGAAGACCGGAGGCAGGAGAAUGGUCCCCCCUCUGGAAUCUGCUGUCCAAACUCAACAGCUUAUCACUUCAUGAGGAAUGAUGAGGAGGCGGUGGUGGACCAGGGAGGAACACGCUCCAUCCUCAAGACGCAUUUUGAAAAGGAGGACUUGGAAGGUCACAGGACUUUGUUUAUCGGGGUUCAUGUGCCACUGGGUGGAAGAAAAAGCCAUCGCCGCCAUAGACACCGUGGACACAAACACAGAAAGAGAGACAGAGAAAGAGAUUCGGGAUUAGAGGAUGGCCGAGAGUCUCCUUCAUUUGAUACUCCUUCACAGAGGGUGCAGUUUAUUCUUGGAACAGAAGAUGACGAUGAGGAGCACAUCCCACAUGAUUUAUUCACUGAGCUUGAUGAACUUUGCUUGAGAGAAGGAGAGGAUGCCGAGUGGAGGGAGACUGCCAGGUGGUUGAAGUUUGAAGAAGAUGUUGAAGAUGGCGGGGAGAGGUGGAGUAAACCAUAUGUUGCUACUUUAUCACUUCAUAGCUUGUUUGAAUUGAGAAGUUGUAUCCUUAAUGGCACAGUCUUACUAGACAUGAGAGCAAAUUCUUUAGAAGAAAUCGCAGAUAUGAUUCUUGAUCAACAAGUAGGGUCCGGACAGCUCAGUGAGGAUGUUCGCCACAGAGUCCAUGAGGCGUUACUCAAACAGCAUCAUCAUCAGAACCAAAAGAAAUUAAGCAAUAGGAUCCCAAUAGUCAGGUCCUUUGCUGACAUUGGCAAGAAACAGUCUGAGCCCCAUUCCAUGGACAAAAAUGCAGGUCAGAUUGUUUCCCCACAGUCUGCACCAACUAUUGAAACCAAAAAUGAUGUCAGCCGAGAAAACAGCACUGUUGACUUUAGUAAGGGACUAGGAGACCAGCAAAAAGGGCAUAACAGUAGUCUAUUUGGGAUGAAACAGAGAAAUGAAAAAGGACACCUUCAUCAGGAAGAAAGAGAGAGAGAGGUUGAUCUGCAUUUCAUGAAAAAAAUCCCUCCUGGAGCUGAAGCCUCAAACAUUUUGGUUGGUGAGCUUGAAUUCUUGGAUCGUGCUGUAGUCGCUUUUGUUAGAUUGUCUCCUGCUAUGUUGCUCUCAGGCUUGACAGAAGUUCCAAUCCCAUCAAGAUUUUUAUUUAUUCUUCUGGGACCCUUAGGAAAAGGUCAACAGUAUCAUGAGAUUGGCAGGUCAAUUGGAACAUUAAUGACAGAUGAGGUAUUUCAUGAUGUUGCAUAUAAAGCUAAGGAUCGCAGUGACUUAGUCGCUGGAAUUGAUGAGUUUCUUGAUCAAGUGACAGUUCUCCCUCCAGGAGAAUGGGACCCAACAAUUCGUAUAGAACCUCCCAAAAAUGUUCCUUCUCAGGAGAAACGUAAAAUUCCAGGUGUACCAAAUGGAACUGCUGCUCAUGGAGACCCAGAGCCACUUGGAGGACAUUCGGGACCAGAAUUACAACGUACUGGAAAGCUCUUUGGGGGCUUGGUUUUAGAUAUCAAGAGGAAAGUGCCAUUCUUGUUGAGUGACUUCACCGAUGCAUUCAGCUUGCAGUGUCUAGCAUCUUUUCUAUUUCUCUAUUGUGCUUGUAUGUCUCCUGUUAUCACAUUUGGCGGUUUGCUGGGAGAAGCAACAGACGGUCGUAUAAGUGCAAUAGAAUCUCUGUUUGGCGCAUCGAUGACUGGAAUAGCUUACUCAUUGUUUGGUGGGCAGCCUCUUACCAUAUUGGGUAGCACAGGACCAGUUUUGGUGUUUGAAAAGAUAUUAUUCAAAUUUUGCAAGGAUUACGGACUGUCUUACCUUUCUUUGAGAGCGAGCAUUGGUUUAUGGACUGCAAUUCUGUGCAUCAUUCUCGUUGCGACUGAUGCAAGUUCUUUGGUGUGCUAUAUUACUCGGUUUACGGAAGAAGCUUUUGCAUCUCUUAUCUGCAUCAUUUUCAUUUAUGAGGCCUUAGAAAAGCUCUAUCAUCUCAGAGAAACAUAUCCGAUCAACAUGCAUAAUAACUUGGAACUUCUAACACAAUACUCAUGCAGCUGCGUGGAACCAGAUAACCCAAGCAAUACAACCUUACAAUAUUGGCAGUCAAAGAACAUGUCCUCAUUUGCGAUACCUUGGACAAAUCUUACUGUGACUGAAUGCAAGAACUGGAAAGGGAUGUUUGUUGGACAAGCCUGUGGCCAUCAUGAGCCUUACGUUCCAGAUGUCCUCUUCUGGUCAGUCAUCUUAUUCUUUUCUACAGUCAUACUGUCGUCCACACUGAAGCAGUUCAAGACUAGCCGAUACUUCCCAACCAAGGUACGGUCUGUGAUAAGUGACUUUGCUGUCUUUCUCACCAUCCUAUCUAUGGUGAUAGUUGACUAUUUCCUUGGGAUCCCAUCACCAAAACUUCAAGUUCCAAAUGUUUUUAAGCCUACUAGGGAUGACCGUGGCUGGAUUGUCUCACCCUUGGGUCCCAAUCCUUGGUGGACAGUCCUAGCUGCUUUAAUUCCGGCUCUUCUUUGUACCAUUCUGAUAUUUAUGGACCAACAAAUUACAGCUGUUAUUAUAAACAGGAAAGAACAUAAGCUAAAGAAAGGCUGUGGCUAUCACUUGGAUUUGCUGAUGGUGGCCCUCAUGCUUGGCGUGUGUUCGAUCAUGGGCCUGCCUUGGUUUGUGGCUGCCACUGUUCUGUCCAUCUCUCACGUGAAUAGCUUAAAGUUGGAAUCCGAAUGUUCAGCUCCAGGAGAGCAGCCCAAAUUUCUUGGCAUUCGUGAGCAAAGGGUCACUGGGCUCAUGAUAUUUGUCCUUAUGGGCUGCUCAGUUUUUUUAACCAGAGUGCUUAAAUUUAUUCCCAUGCCAGUACUUUACGGUGUAUUUCUUUACAUGGGUGCCUCUUCUCUCAAAGGAAUUCAGCUUUUUGACAGAAUCAAGUUAUUCUGGAUGCCUGCCAAACACCAGCCAGACUUCAUCUACCUAAGACAUGUUCCCCUUCGAAAAGUCCAUCUCUUCACAGUAAUCCAGCUGAGCUGUCUUGUGUUACUAUGGGUUAUUAAAGUUUCAAAAGCUGCCAUUGUAUUUCCGAUGAUGGUCUUGGCAUUGGUGUUUGUCAGAAAACUCAUGGACUUCUUUUUCACCAAACGUGAGUUAAGCUGGCUGGAUGAUUUGAUGCCAGAGAGCAAGAAAAAAAAACUUGAAGAUGCUGAAAAAGAGGAGGAACAAAGUAUGUUAGCAAUGGAAGAGGAAGGAACAGUCCAGUUGCCACUUGAGGGACACUGCAGAGAUGACCCAUCUGUAAUAAAUAUUUCUGAUGAGAUGUCAAAAACAGCUGUAUGGAAGACAAUGCUGAUACCAUCAGAAAAUGCCAAGGACAAGGAGUCCAGCUUUCCUGCUAAAAGCUCCCCUUCCUAAACUCUAGAAGCUGAUUUCCCAAAGCACUGAAGGCCGACGAGAGAAGAAAGCUGACUCAGGGAAAGGUGUGGAUCGUGAGACUUGUCUGUGACUUGCUCUUCAGUGUGUUUGUUUAAAAAAAAACAACAACAAGAGAAAUGCAGGAGUGCCGCAAUCAUUAAUGUUCCAGGUUUGAUUGCCCCCUUGUACAUCUUGUGCAUCAUCUCACAGUAGCACUGGUAUAAUGUAAGUCGUGCAGUAUGUGCUUCAGUUCAUUGUCUGCUCUUCGGUUCCGACCGAAGCAGUGCAGAAAACGGGGUUAGCCAAUGAAACCUUUUUAGGGUUCCAAGGUUUAAACCCUUGGGAUAUGUGAACCAGUGUUUCCAUUCCAACCUCUCUCUGUAGAGUUGGGCAUAUUUUCCUACUUUGCCUAUGUGACUUAUUUUCAUAGCUUUUCCAUACCAGAAGAAAACAAACAACAACAAAAAACCAACUGGAAAUAAUCUUUAUUCAGAUGAAUAAAGGAUUCAAUUAUUGAAUCCAUAUUUCUACAACUGAAGAAUUGUAUAGUUUGGGGCCAACAGUUUCAGAAAUCUAAAAGUAACAAAGAAAAAUUCAUUUUUAGAGCUAUUUUUCAAUAAUGAGUGCUUUAAUCCUCCAAACUCAUAACAUUCUAAGGAAGUUACACACACACACACCCAAGUUUAAAAUCAUGGCUUGUAUGCGUGGGUGUACGAUUGUAUGUAUGUGUGUGUGAUUUACAGGAUGAGACCUAUAUUUGUGCAAUUUCCUUGAUUUAAUACUGGAUAUUUAAUAUUUAAAUUUAUAUAUAACUGGAAAAAUAAAACAAUAUAAUAUAUAAAGAUAUAUAGAAUAUAGUUAACAUUCUCUCAUCUUGUUUGGAAAAAAAGCCACAUCCAUCGAUGUGCACUAUCCGUACAAUAUUUGUUGUGAAUGCAAGCUGUUACUAUUGUAUCUUAUACUGUACUGUACUAAAUGUUGCAGUGGUAAGUCCAACAGCUGCAUUGUGGAGAUAAAUAAUACUUAUUUCUUUUCCUAACUUUCUGGAUUAUAAUCCUUCACAGAAAUGAUCAGUAAAAAUGAUCCAGGGUAAUCAGUAGGGCAAUUGCUUCUCAUUUUCCCUCAAGUGCAUGCUUCCAGGCACAAUCCAUCCACAGUUAAAUUUUUGAGACUUAUUGAUUUCAGGCAAAUUGUUCAAGCAUGCACUUUUUUUAUAUACCAAUGGGACCAAGGUGUGAUUUGAUUGUAAUUUCAUUUAUUUCCCAUUGCUAAUUAAGUUUGAAGUCAGAAUCCCAAUAUGAAAAAAAGUGUUGACAUUUAUGGACAUGGCUGUUACUGAUCAGGUCUCCGUUCUGCACAAAUGUAUGUUCAGUCUUUCUUAACAGUUUCAUGUAUUUGGAAUCCACACUCUUUCUGUAGAAGCCAUAUAAUAUUAUUAUUGUCUUGAAUUUUACGAUAGCCAAACUACAUAUUUUCAUCCCAGAAAAUAACUUCAAAGAGGAUCCAUCCCUCAAGCAGGUUGCAUGUGCUGGACAGCUCCCCAUUCUUGGCCAUUUUCAGCUGCGGUCAAAUACCAUCAUGCCAAAUACGGAGUCCUAGUUUUAGUAGGGUCCCUGGGCACAAUUUCCUUAGGGCACUCUCACUGUAAUGAUUCUCCCGAUAGCCAAACCCAUUGGUUGCUCAUUUGGAAUUUACAUAAACAACCUGUGGCUGCAUAUUCGUGAAGGAGGCUACAAGACUGGGGGUUUUCAGUCUAGCUGAUUGGCCAAUCUGUCGAAGAGAAUGGUCACAUUGUGUGAAGGCAGAUGAGAGAGGAAAAAAAUGCCCCAAGCACCUGUGAGAAUGAAUGCAUUGUGAGUAAAAUAAAAGGACAAUAUCAAACAUUUUAAAUUUUUUAAAUAUGUUUUUAGCUUUUUGGGGUGGAGGACAUUAACAAACAAUUAAUCAGAUUUUACAAGCUCACCAGUGAUUUCAAGAAUUAGGAAAAUAUAUCUAUGGGAUUUCAACAUAUAGGCUUUUUCAAGUUCCAAGUUGCCUCUAAUAUGAGAAGAAUCCUCAGCUGAGCUCUGCUGCCAGGUAUGGUAACAGCCACGAGCAGCAGAGCUUGCAUUGCUAGAAGAGAAUAAGGAGGCAGAAUCAAUGAUAAGAACAGCCCUGAUUCUUGUUUGCUAGUCAGGGACCUGGAAAGAUUGCAGUUGCUGAACUGAUUUCUCAACUGAAAUGUUUGAGUGGGUGCCAUACAUGAAAUUAAGUCUGUGCAAGAAACAAAUGGAAAUCUUUAGAUGAAGCAUUUGUGCCUGUUUCUCUCCAAAGGAUCAUCAACUUCAAAGCAUAUACAAUACAUAUUGACAGGAACAGAGGACCAAAGAAUAGGGAUUUUCCAGGACAGAAAAAAAAAGGCAUAGUUCUUUUUACAAUUUGGAAAUGGCUUAACCUUUUCGCAUACAGUUUGUGUAUAGAAGGCUUUCUCCUUUUGUACAAUCUCCCACUCCAUUAGAUCCACCUAGUGGGUCCAAGCAGCAGCGAUUUAGAUUCUUGUCUUUCCUGUAGAACAGAGGUGGGGAACUAUGGCCCCUUUAUGACUUGUGGACUUCAACUCCCAGAAUUCCUGAACCGGCCAUGCUCAGAAAUUCUGGGAGUUGAAGUCCACAAAUCAUAAAGGGGCCAUAGCUCCCCACCUUUGCUGUAGAACAUCUGCUAUGGUUGUAAUCAAAAGCAACAACCAGCUUCAGAUUUUUUCUGCGUGUUCAAGUAGGAAAUAUGUGGUGUUAAUUCCAUGUUGCGGAUGGAAAACCAAGAUUAAGGAGCCAAGACCUUGCCAUAGACAUGUUCUCUUCUAACAUCAGCUAGAAGAAAAUGUAUUCUUGCCUUUUGCAAGAAAGUUGUAGCCUUAAGAGCCAUGUGUGUGUCAGAUUCACAGCAUCCGCUCAACUGCAGGAGCUUGGGAAUGGCUGCUUUGAGAAAUGGGCCUCAUCCAUCUGCACAGGCUACUCUUUCUUCAGUGAUAGCAGAGUAAGAGUCUAGGCUACCCAAUUCCAUAUGCCUUGUGCUUUGAACACAGUAUCACACCAGCUGCUUUUGUGCCAAAAGUAGGCAAAAUUAGAUUUACAUAAUGAAAAGCAUUGCUUCUGAAGUUAUUUUUGAUGCCCGGUAUUAGCAGGCUCUCAGUGUUGUCUAAAUUCCUCAAAUUCAUGUUAUGCAAAUGAUAAAUUCAAAGAAAAAACAACAACACAUUGACUAAAAUGAAUGGAUAAAUUUAGAUAAAAGUAUGACUCUGAUAAGAUUAAAAUGCUUUGUCAUUGUGAACUGGAUGAUCCCUUGUAACAUUCCAAGUGAGUCUCUUAAUAGCCAUGCAAUAUAGAGUGGUCCAUGAAGAGAAACUGCUGGUAUUUUUUUUAAAAAAAAUGCUAAUGUGCAGAACUAUCUACUCAGCUUUCUGGACACUAAAAAUUCAUGGACUGAAUUAUUCUGCAGUAUUGCUGUUCAGUAUUUUGGAGGGCUCUUUUUUAAAAUAGAUAUCCUGUUUUUGUGUAAGUAUCAAUCCCAACAUUUUCAAAUCAUAGUAAGAGAGUAAAAUGCAACUGGCAAUACUAUAUUUACUUUUGAUUUCCCAUUUCCAGGUCAAACUGCUUAAUUUCUUGGAUGUAAUUUAUUAAAAAGUUUUAAGUGUACAUGUGAAUAGAGUAUUGUUUUUUCAUGACUCAAGAAAUGUUAUCCAGAAAUAAAUAUUUAUCCUAACUGUU